UUUGUCUACUCAAGAAUUUCAAAUUCUCAUGUUGGAUGGUAUGGUGAGUACUGGGUAGGUGUAGCCGUUAUUGUCCUACCACUUUCUUCUCUGGGUUUCUAUCUUCUACCACCAAAACCACCAUGUUCCCUCUCUCUUCCCUCCUUCAUUUCCCCCAUCGGAGCCACCAUCGCCGCCACCACCACCACCACCUCCUUCUCCUCUUCCUCCGUCGCACCCUCUCCACCACCGCCGCUGCCUCUACCAUUCCACAGUCCCCGCCACCAUCAACGCCUCUUCAAAUCCCUCUCUCCUUUCCCACCUACCUUAUUUGCUCCUCCAACACUUCCCUCGGGAAAACCCUCGUCUCCACCGGCCUCGCCGCCUCUUUUCUUCUCUCCACCCAUUCCCAUUCCCUUCUUCCUCCUAAGAAAUUCCUCUACCUCAAACCGGUUCAGACCGGCUUCCCUUCCGACUCUGAUUCGCGCUUCGUCUUCUCCAAGCUCAACUCCCUCGCCGGACGUCGCACAAUCCGCCGUUCUUUCCUCUCCUUCGAUCAUGUCCUCAAGGCUUCCCGCUCCGCCGUCGGCGAUGUUCCGUCGGAAGAAUGCGAGCCGGGGAUGCUCGACUUGGGUUCGUACAGUGAGUGCAGGGUCGUGGGUGAGGAAGGAGGUGAGGCUUCGGAGCUGGUUUGUAAGACGUUGUUCGCAUGGAGAGACGCGGUGUCGCCGCAUUUGGCCGCAGAGAGAGAGAAGGGGACAGUGGAGGACUCGACGGUGCUUGAAAAUUUGCAGAGGUGUUUGGAAAGAGGAUUCGAAGGUUGGGAUAAUUCGAACGUGUUCUCUGUAAUUGAGACUGCUGGUGGAGUUGCGAGUCCAGGGCCUUCUGGGACUCUUCAGUGCGACUUGUAUAGACCUUUACGUUUACCCGCUAUUCUUGUUGGAGAUGGACGCCUGGGUGGUAUUUCUGGAACCAUUUCAGCUUAUGAGACUUUAAAACUACGAGGUUAUGAUGUUGUUGCUGUCGUUGUUGAAGAUCAUGGCCUUGUAAAUGAGGUGCCAUUAGCAUCAUAUUUACGAAAAAGGGUGCCCGUUCUUGUGCUGCCAUCUAUUCCCCAGGAUCUAUCAGAUGACCUGAUGGAAUGGUUCGAAGAUGCUUGUGGUGUAUUUGAUUCUCUUUUUAAAAUAAUGCUGUCAGCAUACUCAGAGCGCAUAAAGAGAUUGCACGACAUGCCAAAGAAGGCAGGGGAGGUUUUCUGGUGGCCAUUCACUCAGCACAAACUGGUAUCAGAAGAAGCUGUUACAGUUAUUGAUUCACGCUGCGGUGAGAAUUUUGCAGUCUUCAAGGUAAAUAAUGAUGUCAUGACUCAACAAUUUGAUGCGUGUGCUAGCUGGUGGACUCAAGGACCCGAUGCUACUUUACAGACUGAACUUGCAAGAGAAAUGGGUUAUUCUGCUGCAAGAUUUGGGCAUGUAAUGUUUCCUGAGAAUGUAUAUGAACCAGCCUUGGAAUGUGCUGAACUUUUGCUUGAAGGUGUUGGGAAAGGUUGGGCGUCUCGGACAUAUUUUUCAGAUAAUGGAUCUACAGCAAUUGAAAUUGCACUCAAAAUGGCAUUUCGUAAAUUCACUUUUGAUCAUGGAACCCUUUCUGAUCUUCUGAAUGAUGACUCAACUCAAAGACAUUCUCAGCUAAUGGUUCUUGCCCUUAAUGGAUCCUAUCAUGGUGAUACUUUGGGUGCUAUGGAAGCACAAGCACCUUCAUCUUAUACAGGAUUCCUUCAACAACCAUGGUACACUGGAAGAGGACUUUUUUUGGACCCUCCUACUGUCUUUUUGUGCAACAAUAAAUGGAAUCUUUCCUUACCUGAAGGAUUGCAGUCUCAUAGUUUGAAAUAUGGAAACACAUGGUUCAGUUCACGAAGUGAAGUUUUCCACUUGAGCAGAGACAAGUCAGAUAUUGCAGAAAUAUAUUCAUCACAUAUAGCACAUACAUUAGCACAAUAUCCUGAAUCAAAAGGGAUUAUUGGAGCUUUGAUUUUGGAGCCAGUUAUCCAAGCUGCUGGAGGAAUGCAUAUGGUUGAUCCACUUUUCCAGCGAGUUCUUGUUAAUCAUUGCCGGAACGAAAAUAUUCCAGUUAUAUUUGACGAGGUCUUUACUGGUUUCUGGCGCUUGGGAACAGAGACUGCUGCUGAACUACUUAAUUGUGUACCGGAUAUAGCCUGCUUUGCAAAGCUGAUGACAGGUGGAACUAUACCCUUAGCUGCCACACUGGCUACAAGUGCUGUAUUUGAUUCAUUUCUUGGGGACUCCAAGCUGAAAGCCCUUUUGCAUGGACACUCAUAUUCAGCCCAUGCUAUGGGAUGCACAGCUGCUGCUAAGUCCAUAAAGUGGUUUAAAGAUCCUCAGUUAAACCGUAACAUCGCUUCUGGAGGAAGGUUGCUUAGGGAGUUGUGGGAUGAAAAAAUGGUGGGUGAAAUAUCUUCACAUCCUGCAGUUCAAAGAGUGGUUGUAUUGGGAACCCUAUGUGCUCUAGAACUCCGAGCAGAAGGCUCUAAUGCUGGGUAUGGGUCAUUGUAUGCAAGCUCUCUUCUUAAGCAGCUCCGUGAAGAUGGUAUUUUCACGAGGCCUCUUGGUAAUGUCAUAUACUUCAUGUGUGGACCCUGCACAUCUCCUGAAGUCUGCCGCCAACUACUCAUCAAGCUUCGUAGAAGACUCGAUGAAUUUAGCCAAAUUCGGUAAAUUUUCAAUUUUGUCAAUUAUCUGGUAUCAUUUUCUGUUUGAAAUCAUUCAAUUAAGGAAAAAGCUAGGUGUGCUGUAUGACUCUUGAUAAUCAACCACUUGCUAUUCUUCAUGGGUUGAUGUAUGUAUAACCGUCCAACAAGGUUUGGGUAUAUAUGUAUUUUUCUCUUUCAUGUGUUAA